UGAGUGGGGACAUGGGCAGCACUCGUCUUGGACUGGCAAAAAAAAAAAAAAACUCCCCUCUAAUACUGAGUUUCUCCGUCACUAUUAACCAUAUUCUUAACUUCUAAGCUCAUAGAUUCGAGGAAGACAUUUGAAACAUUUGUAAAAUCAUUCUUGUGGAUACUAAACAUACUAGACUAAACAUGUUUAGCCUGCAUUAGAUAUUGAUUUCCUUUCAAAUAAAAUACAUGUGUCGUGCAUGAUUCGUUCUUUAAAUAUCGUUUGCUGCAUCUCUACAAUCUUAUAUUCAACCGAAAUACCAAAAGUGAACAUUGAACUACAUGUUUUUCUAAAUCAACUUGUUCAAAUUACUUGCAAAAUGAUUGGUCAUCAUUUGACAGUUGACAUUGACAAGAUGUGUAUAGACGGUUGAGUUGUGGUGCCGUCUGCUGAAUCGCGCGCUAGACGAUGAGCUGGAGGGAAAGACUUGCGUAUUUGGCUCUGAAUGUCAAGCUGCAGUGGAGAUACAGAUCGCCAGAAUACAAUGAAGAAAAGCUGGGCUUUGCAAAAUGGCAAUCACAAUCUCAGAUCAUUGAGUCUCAUCCAAUGAAAAAUAGACUUUUCAAUCACACUGGUAAAAACAAAAGCCCCUCAGAACACGCUGAAAAUCCGGGAGAGUUUAGCCCCUUUCAAGAUGAUCUGGAAGUUGAAGAAGCAGAGAUUUGCGGAGAUCCUAGAGACAAGAUAACCGAGUGGCAAGCUGGAUGGAAUGUCACCAAUGCCAUUCAGGGCAUGUUCAUUGUCAGCUUCCCCUUCACCGUACUGCAGGGCGGUUACUGGGCAGUGGUGGCCAUGGUACUGGUAGCCUACAUCUGUUGUCACACCGGAAACAUCCUCGUUGACUGUCUGUACGACCUUGACCCCAUGGGUCACCGCGUCAGAGUUAGAUCAAGCUAUGUGGAGAUUGCAACAGCCGUGUGGGGAGCACGGUAUGGUGCUAGAAUUGUCCACUGCGCUCAGUUGAUAGAACUCUUGAUGACGUGCAUCCUAUACGUCCUAUUGUGUGGCGAUCUCAUACAAGGCAGCUUCCCAAAUACGCCUUUUUCUUUGACCUCCUGGAUCUUGAUGUGCACGACGCCCCUGCUGGCUUGCGCCUUCCUGACCUCCUUGCGUCGUGUCAGCACCCUCAGCAUGUGGUGCACUGUGGCCCACAUGCUUAUCAACGCCAUCAUUCUCGUCUACUGUUUUACAAAGGCUGGUCAGUGGAAGUGGACAGAUGUUCAAAUUCGUAUCGACAUCUGGACAUUCCCCAUUUCGCUUGGGAUCAUUGUCUUCUCCUAUACAUCCCAGAUCUUUCUGCCUACCCUGGAGGGGAAGAUGAGGGACAGGUCAAAGUUCAAGUGUAUGAUGACAUGGACACAUGUCGUGGCGGCCGUGUUCAAAGCCUUUUUCAGCUAUGUAGGUUUCUUGACCUGGGGGUUAGACACUCUUGAAGUGGUGACCAACAACUUGCCAUAUCUCAGCCUCAAGUUGAUUGUCAAUCUCAUCCUGGUCUGCAAGGCCAUGCUUUCUUACCCACUGCCGUAUUUCGCCUCUGUGGAGCUCCUCGAGUCUGCAUUCUUCAAGGGCAAACCCAGCACCUGUUUCCCGCCAUGUCUCGACGACUCCCGACAGCUCAAGUGGUGGGGCCUUAGUCUCAGGCUGGCCCUGGUCCUGUUCACCUGCGCCAUGGCCAUCAUAGUCCCCCACUUUGCCCUGCUCAUGGCCUUGAUCGGAAGUUUUACAGGAACCAUGCUGUCUUUCGUAUGGCCUUGUUACUUCCACCUACGCCUCCGCUGGUACGUAAUGUCAAGGACAACCAGGGUUCUCAACAUCUUCAUAAUUCUUCUAGGACUCGCUUGUGGUGGGAUAGGGAUCUACUAUUCUGCGCAUGCACUUACUAGAGCCUUCCAAGGACUUCCGCCAGAACCAUUGCAUCUUUGAGAUUGACUAAAAAAAAACACCACCAUUUGUUCUAAACAUUUGAAUGCUAACUUAAUUGCUCUGAUAAAUAAAUAAUUGUUUGCAAAUCUUUUUAUGGCUAAUAGAUUUUAAGUAAAAAAAUUGCUUAUUAAUUA